GAGAGAGACAGAGAGAGAGAGACAGAGAGAGAGAUGGAGUUUUCGGACUAUAACAAUCUCUGACCUUCUUGUCAUAUCAAAAAACAAAUCUCUCACUCAUCUUGUUACCUCAUCAAAACAUUCUCUUUCUUGUUCUUGAUCUUCAUUUUCUUUUCUGUAUGGGUUGUCGAGACAUUUUGAUGACUUUCUCCGUCGCUCUCUUACUCAUCUCUCUGUUCCAGAUCUGGCUUUUCCGGGAAGGACACGUCCGGGAACUGUCAGAAGACAACCAUCUUGGAAAAGACGGAAAUACCCUCGCCUCCAAGAACAAGAAAGACGACGACGACGAUGUUCAACGACUCUUCCAAAGGUACUUUAAGGGAAGAUCUUUUGGUCUUAUCAGAAACAACAACACUCGCUUUGAAGAUUCCUAUAGAAAGAUCCCUAGUGCCCCAGAUCCUCUUCACAACUAGUUAGUCCAUUACGUCAAGUCAAUUCUUUUAUUUUCUUCCAUCUUCUUUUGAACUCUUAUUUUCCCAAAUAACCCUUGUUUUUUACCUCACUUUGCCUGUAUUUAUUUCUUAAAUGAGGACAUUUUGGUUAUAAUGACAUUGGAAUCAAAAGAUCGUUCGCUGUUGUAAAGAUUAAAGUAAAAUGGCAUGAAUUUGCUGUGUUGCUAAGU